AUUGAGCUCAUAUAGACCCGUUUCCCUUGCUUUGUUUUGACUUUUGAGCCUCUAUUUUUUGAAAGAAUAAUUUAGUUAGGACCCAUUUGGUUUGAAUCUGUUUUUCGUGCAGAAAGAGUUCAAGACAUAAUGGAGAUUGACAAGGCAAUCAGUGAAAGCGAUGAUCGAAGGCUGAGGACAAAGUACAACAACGCCAUCUAUGUCAUUCAAAGAGCUCUCGCUCUUUAUUCUAUUGAAGAGGUCGCCUUUAGCUUCAAUGGUGGGAAGGAUUCAACUGUAUUAUUACACCUGCUUAGGGCAGGCUUUUUUUUGCAUAAAGUGGAACAAAGCCAUUCCAAUGGGGAUCUCAGCGAUUGUGGAUUCACAUUUCCAAUUCGGACGAUUUAUUUUGAGAGCUCUUCUGCCUUCCCUGAAAUCAAUUCAUUCACUUAUGAAAUAGCCUCUGACUACAAUUUGCAAAUGGAUAUUAUUCGUCAAGAUUUCAAGUCUGGUUUGGAGGCUCUUUUAAAGGCUAAACCAAUUAGAGCCAUUUUUCUUGGUGUCCGAAUUGGUGAUCCUACUGCUAUAGGUCAAGAACAAUUCUCCCCUAGCUCGCCUGGAUGGCCACCAUUCAUGAGAGUGAAUCCAAUCUUGGAUUGGUCAUACAGAGAUGUAUGGGCCUUUCUAUUGACUUGCAAGGUUCAAUACUGCAGUCUCUAUGAUCGAGGUUACACUUCAAUUGGGAGCACACAUGACACGGUUCCAAAUGCAUUAUUGUGCAUCAACAAUUCCACUAAUAGCAAAGCACAAUUUAGACCUGCAUAUCUGCUUCCAGAUGGAAGAUUAGAAAGAGCAGGAAGAGUGAAGAAGUUCUCUACGGCUAGUGGGCUGUUUCUUGACAUUAACACUGACUUGAAAAGUAUGGAUCCCCAUCAAAACGGCAUAUUCACAGCUUCAGUCAUUGCUGUGGGUGAUGAGAUUCUGUUUGGCACUGUUGAGGACCAGUUGGGACUGGCCUUGUGUAGAAAGCUCCAUUCUAUAGGUUGGGUGGUAGCACAUAUUUCCAUCGUCCGAAAUGAUGUGGAUUCUGUAGCGGAAGAAGUUGACAGACGGAAGUUGGCAAAUGACAUGGUAUUCGUAUAUGGAGGGAUUGGUCCAUUGCCUUCUGAUGUUACUGUAGCAGGAAUUGCGAAAGCAUUAGGUGUUCGUCUGGCUCCUGAUGAAGAAUUCGAAGAAUAUCUUAGACAUCUGAUUGGGGAAAAGUGUGCUGGGGAUCGGAAUGAGAUGGCUCAAUUGCCCGAGGGCAUCACAGAACUACUGCAUCAUGAAAAGCUGCCUGUGCCUUUGAUCAAGUGUCUCAAUGUAGUCAUUCUUACUGCAACAAAUGUUAACGAGCUGGACCAGCAGUGGGAUUGCCUAAUUGAAUUAUCAGGGUCUAGUGGCCUGCUAAUAUCAAUGAAACCAUUUGUAUCAAAGCGCUUGGAGACAAAUCUUUCAGAUGUAGAAGCUGCUCAACCUCUAUCAAAACUUGGUCUUGAAUUCCCAGACCUUUAUAUUGGUUGUUAUCGGAAAUCCAGAAAUGGGCCUUUGAUAAUUAGCUUUGAAGGCAAGGAUCAAGUGAGAAUAAAAGCAGCUGCUGAAGCACUGUGCAUGAAGUUUCUUCCUGGAGCAUUUUCUGAAAUUAGCUGA